AUGGCAGCGAUAAAGGGCCUGGGUAGAAAUAUCCCCUAUCUGAGACAACAGUUCGCUGCUCUUUUAGGAAACACUAGCACCAGUGUAAAAUUCAUAUGCAUCGUAGUCCUGUUUUCCUAUUGUCUUUCUUUUUCGUCGGAAGCGGUACGUCUUCUGAGCGUGACACCAGGUUACUUGCUGCCUCCAGCUUUCUGGAUCUGGACAGCGUUUACCUUCUGUUUCCUCGAGAUACAUUUCUGGGAAGUAUGCGUGGACAUUGUCACCGUCGGACUCUGUGGCAAAUUAAUCGAGCCCCUUUGGGGGGCGAUGGAAAUGAUGACUUUCUUCGCUAUCGUUAAUUUUGGCGUCGCUGUGCUGUCAGCCUUAUUUUAUUUAUUUCUCUAUAUGUGCACCAAUGAUCCAGAUUUACUGUUUGGCAUACACAUCCAUGGAUUAACUGGAUACAUUGCAGGUGUCGCGGUAGCUGUAAAACAAAUAAUGCCAGAUCAUAUUCUAGUAAAAACACCAAUUGGAAAAAUUACCAAUAGAAACAUACCAUUAAUGGUGUGGAUUAUGGGAGUGUUAUUGUGGCUUUUUGGAUUAUUAGAAGGCACUCAUCCAACCAUGUUUCUUAGUGGAUUAUUAAUAUCAUGGAUAUACCUUAGAUUUUAUCAGAAACAUAACAAUGGUACACGUGGUGAUAUGGCAGAUAAUUUUACGUUUGCAAGUUUCUUCCCUAAUGUUUUGCAACCGCCAAUAGCAGUUGUAAGUAACACAAUACAUGGGUUCUUUGUACGUGUUGGAUUGUGUAGAAAAGUAGUCAGAAGAUUUGAUAUGUCUAAUGCACCUCCUGGUCUGAUUAUAAACCUUCCUGGUAUUGACCCACAUGACAGUGAUAGAAGAAGGCAAAUAGCAUUAAAAGCCUUAAGUGAAAGGUUAAGUAAGGAUCAUGCAAAACCAUGGCAACAAGAUCGAGCUAAAAAACAUUCUCCAGUUCCUCCUGCAAUUUCGAUUCCAAUUCCUGAAUCUACUACACCUAAACCCCUUGCAUCCCCCCUUAUUCCACAAGUUAAUGUAAACAUACAUAGUCACGCUUCUACCAGCACGUGAUUACAUCAAAUAGACUGAGUGCAGUACUCAUAUGCAUAAAUAUGUUAUGAACUUCUAAAGAAACCAUACUUUGAACCAUACUACUAAUAUGGCUAUAUUCAAUGGAACGAAAGAAAGACGCGAAAAAGUAUUUAUAAUAACAUUUUUAUACUACUGAAAAUUCAAUUGACACGUUAGAAUUAUCAAGUUAC